AUGGAACAGGAUGAAAAUGCAGAGCUUGUGGGGAUGGGACUUCGUGUCUCUGUGUCCCCUGUACAAACCGCCUUUUACAUUAUCCUGGUGAUGCUGGGCGUUGUGGGUAAUGCCACUGUGAUCUGUGUUAUCGGUAAGAGUGUGUUAAUGGACCGCGGAGGGGGACGUAACUCGGACAUCAUUAUUAUAAACAUGGCGCUGUCCAACCUGCUGGUGUCUGUGAUGAGGAACACGCUGCUUGUCAUCUCAGACAUAGGACUUGAGCUGUACUCAUCCAAAGGGUGGUGUCAGUUCCUUAUGGGAAUCUGGGUGUGGCUGCGAUCGGUCAACGUGUGGUCAACGCUCUUCCUCAGUGCCUUCCAUCUCCAGACUUUGAGGCGUGUGACACCAACUUCUGGGGUCCUUCAUGGGUCCCGAGGCCUUCCUGUGACCUUACUGCUGAGUCUGGGCCUCAUCUGGAUCCUUAACUUUAUUUACGCCAUUCCUGCUCACAUUUUCUCCACUAAUGGGAACAUGAACACUACAGAGACCCUGAUGCUGGUGAGCAGUACAACGCGCCCCCUGCUGGGCUGUGUCUGGAACUUUCCUUCCAGCUACAGUGGCCUGGCCUAUGCCACCACAUCCAUGGUGAUACAUGAAACUAUUCCCAUCUUCUUGAUGGCAUUAACCAAUAUGAGCUCCCUUUACACACUCUACACACAUGGUAGGGUGCGGAGUUCAGUGAAAGAUGGACCUGUUAUAAAGCGGGUGCCAGCUGAGAGACGAGCAGCCAAGGUGAUUCUCGCUCUCAUAAUGCUCUUCAUUGCAUCUUGGGGAACCAGCGUUAUCUCUGUCAACUAUUUCAACUACAACCGCGGCUCCUCCGCUGACUUUCUCCUGAUCAUUGCUCGGUUUGCCAACAUUAUCUUCAUUGCCAUGUCACCUGCUGUCCUGGCAAUAGGACACCGGGGCCUGCGUACUUGUAUUAAGUCAACGCUCACUCAUUGACAUGGCUGCUGGCUGAUGUGACACUGCUGAUUCACUGGGGAUGCAACUAACAGAACACAGCGGAUCAUAAAGCUUUGUCAGCACCGUCUUCCAUCAUAGACAAAGACUCUGUAAGAUUCCAUGUGUGCUUGUGUGGCUAGAGAUAGACCGAUGCAUGUAAAGAAGUAAUCACAAUUACAAAGAUUUGUUUUAGUGUGUUUAUGUUAAUGAGACAUCCAAAGAAAGACACAAUAAAAUGACAUUCAAGAAAAUCUCAAGGGAAUAUAUUGUAAUGGUGUACACUCGCCCAUAAUAUAAUCUGUCUUUAUAACAGAUUAGAGAUUAGAGACAUAACACACAGGUUAAAUUUAAAGUCAUAGCAGAUACCAAAUUAUAUAGAUAUAUGUUCAAACAGCAAAUGUAUAAGGUUUUGUUUUUCUCCUUCUUUCUUUGUACUACAUUUUGGGGAAGAGUAUUUUUGUUGUGUUAGAGACUACGUAGUUUGAACUGUUGGAAAGUUGCUAUUGAGACCAUAUUUGAUUUCACAAACAACAACAAAAAGUCAGUUAAACAAAAAUCUGGAUAUUAUUAGGAUACAUAUCACAACAUUAUCUGCGUGAUGGCACUAUAUUAUUUCUGAAUUAUACAUUACGUUGAGUCUCAGUCUGACCUGCAAUAAACU